UUACGUGGGGGACAUCACUGCCACAGACUCUAGUACUAAAUAUAACCUCUUUGGGGAGCACACCAAAGAUUUUCUACUAUACUAUCGUAUACACGAUCUUUGGGCACACGCAUCCCCGUUCGUUUACGUGGGGGAAUCACCGCCACGAGCUCUAGUAUUAAAUAUAUUACAUGUAUUACCUCUUUGAGGUUCACCAAACUUCGGCUCGUUCGCCAGAUACAGCCCGCGAGAACAGAUCGUUUGGGCCCGCUGCCCUGCCGCCAUGAGGAGAUAAAAAAUCUUGAAAGAUACGGACACACAGCUACCAUGAGGUGUCUACUUGCAACGCUUGUGGCUGUGGUUCUGCUCGCCGCGGUGAGCGGUCACGUGCGACAGGAGAAAAUCCCGCCAAACCGAUGUCUGCCUGGCCAGGGAUGUUUCCCCAGUCGUGCUCACCUGGCUGAGUUUGCCGCCACCCUGACGCCGUGGGGCGUGGUCACCUCUUACACCUUCAAGAUGCACCAGGCACCUGUCAGUAUCGUGCGAGCUCGCUUCACCUACAAACUCUGGGAGGCUGGCAGCUUCGUGGGCCAGGAGGUGCUGCAGGCAGUGGUCGGGGCAGUUCCCAUCCUGCCAGAGAAGUGGGGCGGUUACGUGUAUCUGAGCGGGGUGACGAGCCAGGCUCUGCCCGACACCAAGGGUGAGCUCAUCGUUGACCUCUUCUACUACGAUACAUGGAGAGCCGACAGCGACUACGACUUCAUCAACAAUAUCAUCAACAUCAACGCCCCUGACUCUCUGACAUCAUCAUCGGUCACCAACCAGAGCUCUAUCCUAGACUUCGAGAGGUCCCAGCCCAGGCUGACCUCAGAGGUCAGAUACUACGGCUUUAACAGUUUGCUGCAGGGGGGGGGGUCAAGGUCAACCGUCGGGGUCAGGGGUGAGACAGCAGCAGCUGGGAUUUAUUUUUUGUUUGUUGGGCAUAAAGACAACAGAGCACAUCGACAUAAUGAUGGUUAUUUAGUGCCGGAAAAAGUAAGACAGCCGGACAGACAGACAGAAACAACAGAGGGAAUCAGUAGAUUGGACAUUUAUUUGACUUCUUUUGAUGAAUACUACGUCGUUGUUUUAAUAACCUGAAGAUUUGCUCAGUAACUAAGCCGUAAGUUCAGUAGUUAUGUCAUCUGCUGGUAACUAUAAGUGACUGUAAUGUGUAGUGGUGUGUUCUGAUCUGGUAGCUGUGCCACUGUCUCAGCUGUGUUGUCUUUCUCAGACUCCGGAAGAGGGCGAUCGUUCAUACGACUACACACACGCUGGAAUAAAAUUGUUCACUCUACCCCUGACAUAAGUACGUGAUGUAUUUAAAUGCUUACAGUUACACAGAGAGGUACGUUUAUUCUUUUGUUUUUCCAACAGUAAAUUUUUACACCCCUCCCCCUAAAGUCUGAUAAUAUGUGAAAAGCGUAUUUCUUGCUUGACAUCACGAUUCUUUUGUUGCAACAAAAAACGUGCAGGGAGUGGUUUGGGGGAGGAGGUGUCCUGGGGGCGUAUACAUAAGCCCUCAACACACAGUUCUCGGGUUUGAAACCCUAAACACGAAUGUUACGGAGGACGACCGAUCACAAUAUUCACAACGUGUGUUGGUCUUAUGAACGUCUCGUACUCACCCCCCGUGACUGGACUAUGACUCGUUUAAACGGAAUUCUGAUUUUGGAAGGAUUUUUUUAAAAAUCGUUUUCUCCUCUUAUCUUCUGGUCUCUCAUUGUGUCUCGUGAAAGUGUCUCAUCGUCUGGAAAAUAUUAUGAGCCUUUGUUCGUUCUGGAAUCCUCCUUAUCUCCCAGGUUUGUUUGUUUUUUUUAAUUGCCCACUUUCGUUUCGUAUUUUUUAUUUUUAAAAACAAUAUCAUGUGACUUUUAAAAUACGAACUAAUGUCGACUAAAAACAUCAACCUGAGCA